GCAUUAUUAAAAUGCUGAAAAAUUUGUCAAACACCGUCUACGGAUUAGCGUGAUAGACUCCCAUUGAUUUUAUUUGUUCCCUCCAUAAAUCCAUCAAUUUUCCGACGAACUCGGCUUAGGAAAUGGAGGCGUCAUUCGUAUCUAGAGCAAAGACGGCCUUCCAUUCUGCGGCAGCUAAAGCGGAGAAAGUUUUCACUGAUAUCAAAAAAUCUGAUCUCAUCAACGAUACAGAUUCGGAUAAGCAAUCGCUGGCGACGUCAACAAGCGAGAUUUCAGACGAUAAGGACGAGUCUAAGGACGAAAAGAAUUCAAGGCGGAGGCCUCCACCAAUAAAGGCAAAGCAGGACUGGCAGGAGAGGUUUAAGAACAUAAGAAUAGGCAAAAGAGGAACUGAGUGCACUGACAAAGCUGAAAGUCCAGGAAUGGCAUAUGCAAUUUUUGAUGAAAAUAUUUGCUUCAUGAGUGAGAGGGAAAUACCUAAUUCAAAGGAAUCUGAAUCAGGUUCGACGAUGGAAGAUUCAAAACUUCGGGACAGAGAUAUCAUUCCUCCAGCCUCUGUCAUGAAGCAAUUAGCUGUAGUUGUUGAGGCUGGAAAGAGGUAUAUUACAAUGAAAGACUUCCUAGCUUCAUCCAGAGGUUCCUCACCCAUCAUGGAGAGGGCUAGCUUAAGCUUGUCAGCAGUAAAGUCACUAGUGCUACGUGAAAAAGAUGACAAAUUUGCCGGUGAAUUUGGUGCGGAUGACAAAGUCUUGUCUCUUAUCAAUUUACUGCUAGAUGCAGAAGGACAUAUUCCUGGAAGCAAGGUAGAUUCUGCAAAUGCUUCAUCUUUGCCUAAGGAUCUUCAUGGUGCUCCUCCUGAAAGUUUUAUUGUUAAUCUUGCUGAUGUAACUGGACGUAUGAAAUCACUGCGUAAAAUGGCAUUAUUAUGGUGCAAAAUUGUUGUUGAAUUGAGGAGGCUGUGGUCUGAAGGACAAUAUAUCCCUGGCAUUCCUCCAGAUCAAAUUCCGGACCUAAAUUCAUGUCUUUUGUAUCAGCAACUCCAGGUUAUUAACCGUUGCAUUUCCAGAAAAAAACGACGCAUUGCAGCCACUGAAUCGUUGGAUUUGGUUGUUAGACUAGCAAGUUCAAAUACUGAUGUUCUUGUUGAUGAGAGCACUCUUCCUGCAACUCCCAUCUUGUACGCUAAAGUUAGCACAGGAGAAUUAAUUCUUCGGCUAGGAGUGGACAGCCGAUCUGAUCUAACAAUGCUGGAAACGGGUGAACCUAUAUAUACUCCAGUAAUGCAGGAAGAACCUUUGCUAACAGAAGAUCUAAUCAAAGAAACAGAGGAGCUGGUGCUCCGAACAGGGAGUCUUGGAGCUGGGUGCUCUCAACUCCUUUCUGACAUGCAGGCUUUCAAGGCAGCAAACCCUGGGUGUAUAUUAGAAGAUUUCGUUAGAUGGCAUUCUCCUCCUGAUUGGAUGGAAUGUGAAACGCUUGAUGCUAAUGACUCAUUGUCUGGAAGAGGCCAACUCAGUACUCGAAUGCAGAAAGAAGGCAACUUGUGGCGCGAACUAUGGGAAACCUCAAAGCCAGUGCCGGCUGUUAGACAAACUCCUCUCUUUGAUGAGGAUUUGGCAGUGGAAAGUAUUCUGGAUAAUUUAGAGGAUAUAUCGCCCCCUGAGCUUUUCAAGCAGCUGUUUAUAUCUCUUUUGGGAUCAGGGUUUGUAACUGCUGAGGCCACCCUCUCCAACAAUUCAAAUUUGUCGAAGCUGUUCAGUGAUUGUAAAGAAUAUGUCAUUGUCACCUGUCAAAGAAGCAACUGGGUUGACAAAGUUGAUGAAUUGUGCCAGGUCUACGAGACUGUAGAGACAAUGGUACUCAGUCCAGAUGAAGUCAUAAGGAUCACAUUUCAACCUGAAGAACCUUCAGCUGCGCCUGCGAAUGAACUAAAAAGUCGAUUCAAAAGGCUUAGCCUCAUAUUCAGAAACAAGGACAAACUAUCACCGCGAGACCAGAAGAACGAGGAGGAGAGUCCAUUACGCCAACCAUUCUCAUCCAUAUUUUCAAAGAAACCUCCUAAGCCCGACAGUUCAUCUCCAGAUAAACCUGUUACUUCCGUCGAAAAUGACUGGACAAUUGUAUAACAACUGUUUUAUUUGUUGUUGUUCAUUAUGCAACUGUAAAUGGAUGUUACUAGUUUAGGCACAGAGACCCGAUGAAUAUUCCAGCAUUGUGAGUUUCCGCUGAUGCUUGUGACGAAACGGUUAAUAGAAGAAUCUUAGUGUAUUUAAUAUGAUGGAAGUUAUUUUUCAUGAAAAACAUUUUUCCGAAACAUGUUUUUCAUGAAAAAAUAUUCCUCAAGGAUGCUUGCAUAAAGUUUAAUACCGGUAAUUACAAAUAUAUAUGGUAUUUCCAACGUGAUAUUCUUUUUGGAUGCAAGGAAAUCUAAUUUGUAUAGGAUUAUAAAUUAGGUAUUUUUGUUAAUUGUGGGUGCCUCCUUCCUCCUUUUUCUUGUUUGCAACAUUAUGGGUCAGGAAAACGUAGAGAUGCUGGAGGAAUCAAGCGAAUACGAUCACAGAGAGCUGAACAAGAAGCAGGAGCUUUUCUAUUUUGAUCCAAUAA